AUGCCUGUAACAUUGACCGCAGCUGAUCAUGGGGCGGCAGCUUGGGAAAAAGCCAAAGUGACCACCCCAAAAGAGCUUCUAAAACAAUCAUGUCCUAAAGAAUACCGGAAUUGCAAGAAUAUUGUCCAAAGCUCCUUCAGCUCGCGAUUGCUUCGGCAAAGCCACAUCACACCAUCCCAGAAUGGCUUUGUAAGGGCAGUAUACCACGCAUACAGCAAUCAUCACCACCUUACCCUGCGGCCAGAGGAUGUCUGGUUUUCUAUCCUCUGCCAACUCAGCUUUUAUAUUAACGCCCACGCGGAAGAGCUGCGGUCUUUUUUCGUUUCGCAUCAAGGAAAAAAGCAUCUUGAGGUUGUGGAUGCAGCCACAAUCGAGUAUGCAGACUUUGGGGCAUUGGCAGUCCGGAUGACACAGCUCAUUGAGAAAGAAGUGGUAGACCCUGAACUGCGCACUUGGAUUAUGCCAGCUUUCAGCACAACUACCUAUCUGCAAAAAUACUUUUCCUAUGGAAUGACCCUUGUUUGCGGGAUUCCAACUGUCACGUUGUUAGGCGAAAAAGCAGAUUGGGAGUCGAUGGUGGCAAAAUUAGACAAGAUUCCCCAACUGGGGGAGCAACCAGCAAUAUUUACCCGCUUGCUUCGACCAGUCCUAGAACGUUUCGUUACUUCAUUUGACGAUCCCUCUUCACAACACAUUCGUGACUUUUGGAGCAAAUGCGCCCACGAAACAGGUGGGAGUGGACCUUACUAUCUCUCGGGGUGGAUCACUGCCUUUUGCUUUUGGGAUGAAGAUGGUAAAUGUCUAUACAGGGAUGGUCCGAUCGGACCUGUUACCUUGGCAGCGUUUGCAGGCAAUCGGGCAGGAUGUGAACUUGAUGGUAUUUUAUACCACCGCGUUGAUACCAGUGACAUCCCUUGCGGCUUUGCCUCUGUCCCAGUGAAGGUCAAUGACAAUGGAGAUGAAUAUAACACGAGAAUGGUUGCGGGUCUGGUUGGCAUCCAAGCCACUUCUUCAGCAGACGAUCGAAGGCCGCGUCAGAAUACAAGUUUAAGCUCUAUACAGCCAGUUUCGGGAUGGUGGAUGUAUGAAGAGAGAGAUGUGGGGCCUGAUGAAUCAUGGGAGAUGGAGGAGAUACCCCAGGCAGCUACUACAUCAUAUUAA